GAAGCAAGUGGGAGGGGUGUAAAACUCGGUGGCUGCGCUUCCGGGUUUUGUAUCGGUUGCCAGGGAAGGACUGGGCCGCUCCAUAGCAACGGAGAGCAAAGGGACGCCUUGCGGGAGAGAGGCAUGAGCACGACCAAGAGCUCCGAAAUUUGAGCAAGUCUGACGGGACCACGUGUUCUACAGGCAUCUACCCAUUUAAUAAAUCACAAUACUUUCUACAACAUAAAAUAUAUUGGUACAUAAGAACUACUAAGGUUUGAAGAUAAAUGAUCAUGGCAGAUCCUGGAGAGGGGAAGAAAGAAGAGGCUGACUACAAGAGAAUGCACAGCUUCCCUUUAAUACGGCACACAGACAUGCCAGAAGAAAUGCGUGUAGAAACUAUGGAGCUCUGUGUUACAGCUUGUGAAAAAUUUGCCAGUAAUAAUGAGAGUGCAGCAAAAAUGAUCAAAGAGACAAUGGACAAGAAGUUUGGCUCAUCAUGGCAUGUUGUCAUUGGAGAAGGCUUUGGAUUUGAGAUCACUCAUGAAGUCAAGAACCUGCUGUACAUGUUCUUUGGGGGCAGCCUGGCAAUUUGUGUCUGGAAGUGCUCUUGAGGAAUGCUUGUAUAUUAUGACCUGUACACCCCUUAUUCUCACCUACUCAGGAUGUACUGCUGCAAGACCUUGCUCAGGAAAGAGUCUUUUGGAUGGGCUCUGUAUUUAUCUUUCGGUGUGUUUAGAAGUGGCUAUGAAAUUAACUUGCAGCAAGAGGGCUGUGCAGUGCAUUGAAGAGCAUUGAACUGCAAGCACCUCUGACGCUGAAGGGUUUUAUUUUGGGGAUUAAAUUGGUCUUUUAAUAUGGCAAUACAUUUCUAACCAAUGGUUCCAGUCUUGAACAAUCAGCUACACUGAAUGUGGUGUAGGAACAGCCAUUAAUUCCCUUUUCAUAUCCCUUGCCCUCAGUAGCUUUUGUAUCCAAUAGUACACACAGGGUUUUAUCUUCCUCCACAACCCCUACCAUAACCCUCAUUUCACUCUGUAUUUUAUAACUUUUGUUUUGAAAACCUAUUUCCUUGACGCUCUGCCAUCUUGUUAUUUUAUACAUCACACAUUUUCUUGUGUGAUUCAUUUUCCCUGCAACCUGUGACAAACUUGAAACGGGAGUAUUUCCUUUUCUACAAUUCAUUGUUUCUUCAAAUCUCAUGUUUAUUUGUUUAAUCCUUCCUACCUAUAUAUGUGUCUCUUGAUGACUGUGCUAGAACCCUUUAUUUAGCCUUUAAACGCAUGCAUGGAUUUCUCCUUUUAAAUAUAUAUUUACACUUAUAUUUGCUCUGUUUUGUGUAUUUCUCCUUUGCAUGUGCACUCUUUUGUACAUCUUUGUCUUUCAGUCUUCUCUUUUUUGCCAUUUACAUAUUGUCCUGUUUUAUUUCACAUAGAUGUACAUUAAAAACCACCCACAAGCCAUAAAUAAUAGAUCAGGAGUAUUAGGACACCACAGAGAAGCUUGCAAGACACCAGCCUUUUCUCUUGUACAGUGGCAGAGACAGAAAGCCAUGUUUCUGGGAAGGAUUUUAUACUCUGCUAGAACACUGAAGAUGCUGUUUUUUAUUUUCACUCUGGUGAUACAAUGGUUUCUGUAAUUGUCAUUAAUAAAUUUCCUUGGAUUUUUCAAAAAACUAAA